CAGGACUUUAGUUUUUGGGACCAUCGAUGCUGUGACUUUCGGCGAGUGGGCUGCCAUUAAUAACAAGACAUUACAGGUUUAACAGUAUUACACGUAUUUUAAAUUCGCAGUUCUAGUUGUUUUCGCCGCGUUGGCUCUUAAGAAGACAGAAGUCCGGACCUUCUGUAUACAAACAAAAACGAGUCGCUGUUUUUAAGGUGGCACGUCAAAAACAGCUGCGAGAGCCAGACUCGUCUCGUCCGACUGUCAUUUUUUGUCAAGUUAGCUGACUUCGUUUUCGGCCGCACAGUCAAGCCCAAAGAUGGAAGUAGUCGUGCAGCUUUGUUAGGAGUUAAAACUCCCGACAGUGUCCGUGUGACCAUGAGAGAAGAGGAAUGGUUGCUGUUGUUGAGCCAGCAGCAUCCAUGCAUCUGCCUGCAGCGCACCGAGGAGAGGGGACCUGCUAGCGGGGAGGCUGACCCCAGGGGGCUCCUGUCCUGCUCCUAGUGCAGGAAAAACACCACUUUCGACAUGGAGACCGUGGGGAAAUUUGAGUUUAGUCGCAAGGACCUGAUAGGACAUGGAGCUUUUGCUGUCGUCUACAAAGGCAGACAUCGAGAGAAACAUGACUGGGAGGUGGCAGUGAAAUGUAUUAACAAGAAGAACUUGGCCAAAUCUCAGACACUAUUGGGGAAAGAGAUCAAAAUACUGAAGGAACUCAAACAUGACAACAUUGUUGCAUUACUGGACUUUCAGGAAACUGCCAGCUCAGUGUACCUGGUGAUGGAGUACUGCAAUGGCGGCGAUCUCGCUGACUACUUACACUCCAAAGGCACGCUGAGCGAGGACACUAUUCGGGUUUUUCUGCAGCAGAUUGCAGGCGCCAUGAGGAUUCUGCAGACCAAAGGAAUAAUCCACCGGGACCUCAAACCCCAGAACAUCCUGCUCUCUUACCCAGCAGGGCGCAAGUCUCACUCCAACAACACCUGCAUCAAGAUCGCUGACUUCGGCUUCGCCCGGUACCUCCAGAACAACAUGAUGGCGGCUACGCUCUGUGGGUCCCCCAUGUACAUGGCUCCUGAAGUAAUCAUGUCCCAAAACUAUGACGCCAAAGCAGACUUGUGGAGUAUAGGAACCAUAGUGUUUCAGUGUUUGACGGGAAAGGCUCCUUUUCAGGCCAGCAGUCCUCAGGACCUCCGACUGUUUUAUGAAAAAAACAAGAAUCUUAGUCCCAACAUCCCCAGAGAGACUUCACAACAUCUGCGGCACCUGCUGCUGGGACUUCUGCAGCGCAACCACAAGGACCGUAUGGACUAUGAUGAGUUCUUUUGUCAUCCUUUCCUGGAGGCCAGCUCAUCCGUCAAAAAGACCACACCGACAGUGACCAUGACCUGUCUGCCAAGCUCUGCAUCAGCCAGUUCUUGUAGCAGCUCCUCCACCUCUCACCUGGCCUCCCCACCGCAGUCUCUUGCUGAGAUUCAGCAAUUGCGUGCCAAAGCGCUGGCUUCACCGACGCAGGAGGCCGCUGGUUUCCUUCUAAAGGACUCAACAGGAGGAGGUGGAAGCAGCAAGAACUCCUCCUCCUGUGACAUGGAUGACUUUGUCAUGGUGCCUGCUCACUUCACCACAGGUGAGCUGACCUGUGAGAGUAAAGUUCUGCAGGACAGCCUGAUGAACAGUGGGUCUCUUUUGGCUUCUGCUGGUCUGUGUAGCCAAGCCAAAACACCACCUCAGUCUCCUUUGUACAGCGGAUCGCCGAGUCCUGUCAGGCCAAGUGACUUUCCAGGAGGUAACUAUGGUAACCACGGUGAGUCACUGCCAAUCCCGGUCCCCACUCAGGUCCAGAACUUCCAGCGCAUGGAGCAGAACUUCUGCUCCACCAAGCAAGAUGGUUCACCAAGGCUGUCAACGAAGAUGCACCGUUGCAGCAGCGGGAGUCUGCCGGGCUUCGGCAGACAAGGACCUUCGCCCCCGUACGUCCAGGUAGCAGUUCCCACCUCCCGCAGGUUCUCCUUGGGAGGAACAAGGAUGUUCCAUCUCUCUCCUCAAGCGGCACCACAACCCGAACCAAGGUCGACCUCUCAGCAGCGUUCCCCGGCGGCAGGCCUCGGCACACGGCUCCACAGUGCCCCCUGUCUAUUGGAGGGUGCGACUGGUGGUGGAAGGCAGAAAAUUAGAAAGCAGCACUCAGACCCCGUGGUUGCCCCUGCGGCUGGGCUGAUGACUGUCCGUCCCCUACACUCUUCUCCCCGGCUAAGUGAGCUGAUGCAACGAAACCCCCUUCCCACUAUUCUGGGCUCACCAUCCAGGACCAUUCCUCCAUUUGAAUUCCCCAAACCCCCCAGCUCUCCCAACCUCCUGACUUUCCUCACAAGGCAGGGUUUGGUCAUUGGGUCGCCUUGCAGCAGGACUGCCCCAGGAGACCUGAAAGACCUCGGACAGCAAGCACCCACGCCAGCCGCCCACACUGCACACUUCAUCCAUAGACUAAAUGACGAUAAAAAGAACUUUGGGAGAUCUCAGAGUGCUGGUCGUCUGUCAGACAUGCUGCUCAAGGCUGCGUUUGGAGCCGGUGGACAAGCGGGAGACCGUGGCAGCAUAGAGAACCUGAACUCUGAAAAAGCCAUAGACAUAACAGGGCCCCCUGGCGGUGGGGGAUGUUUUGCACCUAGUCCCAGCAGCCCAGCACAGGUGGUUUUCACUGUGGGCUCUCCUCCGAGUGGCAGCACCCCACCUCAUACCUCCAGCGAGAGGAAAUACUCAGGCUCCUUCACUUCAGUAAGUCCUGCAUGCUCCUUCUCCAGCCGCAACCCCCAGACCUGCACGUACCUGGAUGGUUUCGAGGCCCCUCCCAGUCCUCGUUACAGUUUCAGUGAUCCUAUCACAGCCAACAUGGGUGUAACCUUUGAGGCUCCUGAGCUUCCCGAGGAGACGCUGAUGGAGCAGGAACAUACAGACACGGUGCAGCGCUUGCGUUUCACAAUGGAUUUUGCCUAUUGUCUGAUGGAGGUGGCGAGUGCCCGCGGUGUUGCAGCAGGAGUGCAAGAGGAUGUGUCUCCUCCCUCCCUCCUACAGCAGCAGAGCCUGGUGGCGGAUCAGAUAAGCUCCCUAAGCCGAGAGUGGAGUCAUGCAGAACAGCUGGUCCUUUAUCUGAAGACUGCAGAACUCCUGUCUUCUGCCUUACACACCGCCAUGGAGCGAGUCAAACAGGGAAAACUCUACCCAUCUGCUACUGUCAAACAAGUUGUGAGAAGAUUGAAUGAUCUGUACAAGUCCAGUGUGGCGUCCUGUCGUAUGCUAAGCAACCGUCUAGAGCACUUCUUCAGCAGGAAGCACCGUCUAAUGGACCGAAUCACUUCCAUCACAGCUGAGCGGCUGCUCUUCAGCCACACUGUGCAGAUGGUUCAGGCUGCUGCACUGGAUGAGAUGUUCCACCAGGGGGAAGCAUCGAUUCUGCGCUAUCACAAAGCCCUCUUGUUGAUGGAAGGCCUUUCUCUGCUGCUCACUGAGCAGGAUGACAUCCUCAGUGUUAGCAAAUGUAAGGAGUGCAUUGAACGCCGCCUCACAACUCUGCAGUCGGGGCUUUGCGUUUGAGCGACCAGACACUAUUUCCUGGACUACGAAUCUGAUCUAAUUAAUUUGCACCGAACACAUCACUAGCUAACCAAAUCUUCACUCCCAUCUCACAGUUUCACAUAGAGACGCUUUCGUUUUCGCAAGAAAACCACAAGACUUAAGGCAACACAGAAACUUGAGGGUUUGUGUUGUGAACAUCUUUCAGUUCAUAUUUUUGGGACUUUUCAAGUGACUUCCACAUAAUUCAACUUUGAGCAAUGUUUGACAUGGAAAGGCACUGAAAAUGCCAAGAAGAUCAUUCCGUACCACACACACACACACACACACACACACACACACACACACACACACACACACACACACACACACACAGGAGCAGUUAUUGCCAAGUAGUCACAUUCCUACACAUUGUGCUUAUCUAUACCUAAACUCAAAGCUUUUUAAGGUCACCAAAUAUUCAUGCUAUGACUGUGUAGGUGGCAACUUUUGGACAGAAUUGAAUCUUUUUCUCAAGAUCCCCAGCUGGAAGAAAGGUGCAGUAUCUGCUGCACGCAUGAUUACAUGCACUAAUAAGGACUGGCAGUGUCCAAAUAUUCUCAUUACAUUUGUGUGUCUUACGCCUCUUGUUUACUUUCAUGGGGGGUUUUUUUUCUGGGUUUUAUCUCAUUGUUUCCUGGUUCGGGAAAGCCUAUAACAUGGCUACAGUCAGCGACCUGAAUGGCGCACAAGAACUGUUACAAAACUCUUGCUCCUAAAAAUAUUCAGUUUCUGUGCUUUUAUGAUGUUGGAUUCACUUUAUGUAAAUAUGUUGGUUUAGAAGGAGGAAAAAAACCCUGUUUGACACUUUACUUGUGUUAUAUUUGCUUAAAAUCAAAAACCAGGUCCUUUUUAUUGGCACCUCGUCACAUGGAAGGGAUUAGUUCAAUUUAAUUAGUGUUGGAAAUCACAGCUUGUUAUUAAAGAAACCGAAAGUGGUUCCAGAAAAAAAUCUAAAAGUCUACUGCGACAUGAAGCGUAUUAAGUAGCUUUUAAUCCAAGAGGGACUCAAAAUUGUCUGCCAGCAUCUUUCAUCACAAUCAUAUUUUUUAAAAGUGCUGCAAUACCCUGUAAUGUAUUCCCCUGGCACGCAGAAGCUUAUUUUCUGGUGUUGCUGGCCGUUUUUCUGUCUUUUCAUGUUUUAUCUGUCAAUCGUGAUGUUUAGCAAGCAUAAUCAAAUAUGAAUGUAGGGCCUUGGGGAGAGAAGCAGCGUUGACAUGAGUCCAAAUGUUAGAUUAUUAACAUUUAGGCUGGAGUCUGAAUGUGUUUGCACUCUUUAAGUACUGUAUAGAAAUAGUAGGACGUGCUCAUCUAGAUUUUGUAGAUGUGCUAAUUUAGAGUUCUGCUUUAUGCGCGUGCAGUUUUAGUUGUGUUGCAAUUACUGUUACAGAGGAGUGCGUUUUUUCGUGAGUGUUUGAGGAGGAGAUGGUAUAAACUAUAAAAUCUAAAGAGGAAUAAUGAAACCUUACAUUGAUAAAGAGUUUAAAAAAGGAAA